AUAAAAGACUGKAACUAUCCUUGGCAUUACUGAAACAUCAACAGGCAGAGUGAGACAGACUUACUGUACAGAGACACAGGGAGAUUCAUUAUAGUGAGUGAGACAGACUUACUGUACAGAGACAGAGGGAGAUUCAUUAUAGUGAGUGAGACAGACUUACUGUACAGAGACACAGGGAGAUUCAUUAUAGUGAGUGAGACAUAUUGAGAUAUGAUGCUGGCUGUGUGUGUCACUGUUGUCCUGGGCCUUCUCUCAGUGACUGGCUCCCAGGCGGCCCCUUUAACCUGCGAGGAUCUCCUGAGACCACUGGAGCUGAGCAGUGUCACUCAGACUCUGGGGAAGUGGGUGUAUAUUGCUGAGAGUUCAGACCGUCCUUUCUGGGAGCAAAUACUAUAUACCUUAUUACACAGUGCCUGGAUAGAGGUCUCUGUGCCGGUCGGUACCCAGAACAACAUUCUUGACAUCGCCCAGUUCUAUGGCUUCGGUAUUCCACAUCAAAAUGCUUUUGGAUUCGGAUGCUCCAGGAUCGACUCUAACUUUACUCUGCAUGACAAUAGCACAUGGAGCUCAGUGACCCCCAUCCCUGUUACUGAGAGCCUCCUGACAACGUGCUCAGACUGCCUCCUGACCCUGGAGAGAUGGGAUGAGGAUGAGAAGUCCUACACCUCUCUAACGCUCUACAGUAGGAGAAGGGAGCUCACCGCUACUGAACUGGACCUCUAUAAGAAACAGGUGGAUUGUCUCAGUCUGCCACCAGCGACGUUCGUCGAUCCACAGAAAGAUCUCUGUCUCGACACAACUCCACCCAUAGAAGAUCAAAUUGCGAAGGAAGUUGAGAAUGCAGUUGAACUUAUUUCAGAGAUUCCAAGAAUGCUCAGAAAUGCAUUUGAACAAGUAAAGAAUUCUGUUUAUCAGCCAUUUUCUGAAAUGUUCGGUUAAUGAGUAGUUGCCUCCUCCCUGAUAGGAGGGAGCAUGUGGGCAGCAGUAACCCAGGGUUACAGUACCUAACCCAGCAAGCCUGUAAACAGUGUCUGAUGCCUUGAUGUGGGACCAAACUCCACUCUGCUCGUGAUGCUCUACAUUCAACACAAUAAAUACAGAUUAAGACAAA